CGCACUUUCAUCUAAUGCCAAUCGAUCGCCUAUCGAGGCGCCCCCUUCCCUGGCUCGUGGUGAUUUUGCAAUUUUUCAUGGGUAAGUUCCUUUUACAUUUCCUCUACUCCUUCUCAUCUUAUCCUUCUCUCUCCUUUCGUCCUCUCUCGCCCUUCACUCGUCCUCUAUCGGCUGCGUCGGACUCCAUAUUGGCAGCUCUCGAGAGCCGGUGCGGAGAGGACUUCGCAUUCACUUUGCAACCGGGACAGCAGGUUGCUGGAGUGGCCCAUGCAUGCCCCGUUCUUCUUCCAGCCACCCCAAUCAAACUUUUGGCCCCGCACCCCUUCUCUUGUUGUUUUGGAAAACCCUUGUGUUGUUUUUGUGAUUUUCUUUUUUUUUUUUAUUUAUUUAUUGUGCGAAAACUCGAUUGCCCGCGACUCCGAGCCUCACCCGGUACCUCCUCCCGCCUUCGCAGACCAGGACGCACCGCCUGCCGCCCUUCCGCCGUGCCGUCGCGACCGCGGGUGCUUCCUCGAUACCCACCGGCCACUCGCUCCUGGCGACCUCGCGCCAACCGCCUUCCUCCGGGGCCGAAACUUGCCGCAUGAACUGCGGCCGCGGGCGCGUCGAUCCGGGGUCCGAGUCUUGCCGCUGCAACGUCGGUCUUUGGAUGGCCGGUGGCUCGGGCCACACCCACGGUCCUUUCUCCGGCGACUCCGCCUCCCCCGUUGCUGCCGUCGUCGCCGGUGUUGGCGGGCCCGUACUUGGUGUCGGCGGGACCCACGCAUCCUGUCGGCUCCUCGUCCGGGGGUCCCGAGGGUUCAACUUGGGUACCCCCUCCUCCCAUAUCCUGGGCACCUCCUUCGCAGGUCCUGUCGCGGGCCCCUCGGGCCACGUCCACGUCACCGUCUGCUGCCGCCACCGCAUGCCCUCGGCCUCGAACGCCCGUGUGCUGUGGCUCACGUGCGCGGCUGGCACCUCCGUCCGCACCACCGACGGCUCCUCCGCCCUUGCCUGGUGGAUGUCCUCCUCCUGCGGUUGCGGCAUCGGCUGCGCGGUCGACUCCUCGCUCUGUGUCUGCUCCUCCGGUCGUCGUGGCUCCGUGUAACGCGGCGUGGGUGGCCGGGCCGGCCUCCACGGCGGCGUGGCCAACGGUGCUCCAUCGUCGCCGUCUCGAGCGCCGUCCGUGAGCCACUCUCCCUCGUAGCGGGGAGUGGGUGGCACCUCGGGUAACCACCGCGGAGGGGAUGGCGCGCAUGGUUCGUCCUCGUCCUCUUCCCUCGGACUGGGAUCCUCGGCCGCGUAUCUGGGGGUGAGUGGUACCUCCCACGCGUCCUCCACCGGUGCCUCCCACAGACGUCGCUCUUCCUCCUCCGCCUCUCGCAAGCGGGCAUGCCACCGCGCCGCCGCCGCCUCAUGAUCCUGCCGCAGCCGCGCCUGCCGUCUCGCCUCCUCCUCCGUCGACCGUUCCUGCUCCUCGACCGACGGCUCCCGGUCUCGGAACCGCUUUUGGGACUCCUCGGUGGCCCGACAGACCGCCUCCGCGUGGCUCCUCGGGAGCUCCUCUCCUCCGACGUCCGUCGUCCCGCGCGGUAUCCGACCGCCCGCCGCCGCCUUCCGGAGUCGCCACUUCCUUUCCUCGACGGCGGGAUCGCCGAUCACCUCCACGUCGCUGUCGGAGCUCACCACUGGUUCCGGUGCGGAGUCCUCGUCUCGGGUCCGCUUCAGGGCCCGCCGCGGAGCUCGGGUAGGCCGGGUCUCCGACCAUCCUUGCCCCGGGCGAGGUUCCUGGAGGGCCGCCAUCCUCCUGCGUGCCUCGGCUCUAGUGACGCGUGUGCUCAUGAUGGUGUUCUGAAUUUUAGUGCUCGACCGUCGCCAGGCUCCCCAUACAUGAAACCUCGGUUGCGUGCCUUCCUUUUGCCCGAUACCGUUAUGUCCUUUCUUUGGGGCGCUCGCUCUCUUACGGUGCAGCUCUCUUUGCUGUACCGUCUUCCCCCUUUCUUCGUAAACCACAUGUUGUAUUCCCUCAGAUCACCGUGGCACUCCGGAUGCUGCGGUGCGUUGUACCUCCCGGUUCCGUAAUUAACUUGAUCGCCUUUGGUGAGUGUUCUUGGAAGUUGUCCUUGGGCCUAUACCUUGCUUCGGGGCGUUCCUGGUUGGUAUCCUUGGUGUCCUUGUGUUAUUAUUGGGGUAUCCUUGAGGUGUCUUUCGAGUCCUACUGGGGUAUCCUUAGGUAUCCUUGGGGUAUCGUUGGGCUAUCCCUAGGGUAUCCUUCGGGUGUCCUUUGGGUACACUUAGAGGUAUUGUUGGGGCGUCCUUCGGGUAUAGUUUGGGAACACUUAGGGUAUCCUUCGGGUAUAGUUUGGGCACACUUAGGGUAUCCUUCGGGUGUCCUUUGGGUAUCCUUUGGGCAC